AUGGAUGCGUUAAAAGAAUCCCUUGACCAAUCAGAGCUGGCCCAGGUGGAGGAGCGGCUCAGACACAUGGAGUUGGAUGAACUCCAUCGUCAGCAGCAAGAGGAAGAAAAGGCUGAGGAGUGUCUACGCCGCAUGGAUACACAGGCCAGAGAAGCUUCCAUGGCCCGUGAGAAUUUAUCUAACAGUUUGACUCGAGCCAGACUCAUGCGCCAGGCAGAGAGAGAUUAUGAGGAGGCAAGGAUGCGUCGGGACUCAGUCUGCAUGAAGCGCCUCAGCCUGUCCGUCUGCAGCCUCCUGCGCCUCAGCCUGUCCGUCUGCAGCCUCCUGCGCCUCAGCCUGCGCCUCAGCCUGCGCCUCAGCCUGCGCCUCAGCCUGCGCCUCAGCCUGCGCCUCAGCCUGCGCCUCAGCCUGCGCCUCAGCCUGAGGCGCCUCAGCCUGCGCCUCAGCCUGCGCCGCUCCAGCCGCCUGCGCCGCUCCAGCCGCCGGCUCCGCUCCAGCCGCCGGCUCCGCUCCAGCCGCCGGCUCCGCUCCAGCCGCCGGCUCCGCUCCAGCCGCCGGCUCCGCUCCAGCCGCCGGCUCCGCUCCAGCCGCCGGCUCCGCUCCAGCCGCCGGCUCCGCUCCAGCCGCCGGCUCCGCCGAUACAAGUCCCUGUAA